UAACAUAAUGAUUGCCAAAAUGGAGAACUUGAAGUGAAGGAUGAGACAUUGUGAGCACAAAGCUGUUGUUAAUGUCAAGAAGUAUGGGUUUAGAGUCUGUCAAUUACACCAUGCUAUUAGAUAUUCUGAUGUGCCAUCCAAGCAUUUUGUUUCAGAAAAGAACACAUUAAAUCUUUAUUGGGGCAUUUGUUGGGCCCUUGAGGAGUUUACUGAGUAUACUAAUGCCCGUGAUGAUGUAGUAGAAACUGCUGAAGUUAUUAAAAUUAGUAAAGAAUUCCAGGAUAGAAUGGAGAUUAUUAAUCAGAGGUUUAAGAAACUCACUGAUAAGCAAGGAUGACUUGAUGAGUACCAAUCUAUUGAUGAAGAUAUGCGAAAUCUUUUCACAGAACUUAGAAAGCAUCCACUUUAUGUUAAGUACCUGGAACAAAAGGACUCAGACCAGAUCAUAGACACCCUGUACAAGAAAGGAGAGGGCAGUCAAGAAGACAUUGUAGAAGAUGUCAGGAGGAAGACCCGCAAGCAAGUCCAACACAUAUGCGACCAGUUUAAUGCUAAACGGAAGGAUCUUAAAGCCAAGUAUCAAGCAAUGGAGGCUUUGGCCAAGGAGAAGUAUGAAAAUAUGUUGAGAGAAGGAUUGGAGAAAGCUGAGAGAGAGGAUCAGUUUAAGUCAAGAAGAAUGGAGAAGAUGGUAAAGAAACAAGAGAAUUUGUUGAACAAGAAGAAUUUAUGGAUAAAGGAAUUGAAAGCUAAGCUAUUAGCUCUUAAGCUCCUGAAUGUUGGUCAAGAUCGCCAUUUGUGACUCCCUCCAAGUGAGUCAAAAAGUGAGGAUGCAAUUAACAAAGAGAUGAGUAGAGCUUUAGUGCCUUUUAAUAGCACUUCUUCCUACAGGCCAAUUGAAGAUUUUGAGUUAAACCCCAUGAAGGAAUUGGAAUGUAAGCUAGAGUUUUAAUCCUAUUCGAAUCUGGUCACUUUUAUCAUUAAAAUCCUAAAUUGA